CUCUGCUCUCCUAGUCGCUAAUUUCUUGCGUUCUCUCUUGUUAUUGGAAUUAGUAACGAAAAAAAAGGGAAUCCAAUUAGAGGGUAGGCAUCAACAUACCAGCCGCAAGUAGCAGCAUGGAUGCGGAGCACUUAAAACGUUUGGAGAGCAAGGAGGUAGCCCACAUUCCGGGCAUACUGAGCGAUUUUAACACAAAGUAUGCAGAUCUAUUGGUCUUUGAUAGUUUUCAUACCGACAACCAAUGGCAUGACCUGUGGCUAGCCAUUUUUGCCAUAUUGGACGAUGCGGAGCUAUCGCGUUUACAUACCCAAUGCCUGAAUACGGUACGAAUACUCACAAGAGAUGAGUUCAGUUUGCAGACAAACUAUAUAGAGCAGGAGGUGAAUAGCCUACUAAGGCUGGCCCGCAUUGAUGCCGGCAGCUCUCUAAAAUUGCCAGCCACGCCCGACAAUCUAACCGAACAAGAGGCGGAGACGAAGGUGCCGGAAUCCCAGCCAACGGACGCCCAGUGGGAGAUUAUAUCUGAGGCUCUGAAAUGUCUGUGCAAUCUAGUCUAUCAAUCGGCCGAUUGUCGUCGGCAGUGUUUACGCCUGCAUUGCCUGGAUGCCAUUCUAAAGCGUGUGGCCUCCUCCAUGCGUCAUCCGAGUGCUCUGGAAUACUAUGACAUGAAACUGCUGUUCUUGCUCACAGCUUUGGAACCUGCAGCUCGCACACGUCUUCAAAUAGAUCUCAAUGGACUUACUUAUAUGACCAAAUGGUUGGACGACAAACUGUCGGAGCCCAGUUGCACCGAGGAACAACUAUCCAUCAUUUGUGAGUUGCUCAAAGUUAUGUUCAAUGUGACAAGUGCGCCGGAUAAGAGUCCCAAUGAACAUGAAAUCCAAAGUUUACACCUCACGGGAGUUUUGCGGGAGCUGCUGCUUCGUUUUGGUCAAUUGGCCACGGAAAAAGAACGCUCUGUGGUCACGCAUGCGAUUAACCUCCUGACCAACAUUUCAAGCAGCUGUCUCACCGAACUCACCCUCAAGUGUAGCAACGUGGAUGGGCAGCAGCAGCAGCAGGGCCAAGAGGCUUCCGCGAAGCCAGGCAAAUGUUGCGCCCUCUGUUUUGAAAAGCGAAAUGUACGUUGUCUAGCCGUACUAUUACAUUAUCUGCGUCAGACAUUGGCCCAACAGGAGACUGAGGCCAGCAGUCAUGAAUUGCUCUCUCCUGUGCUCACUGUCCUUAUCAAAUGUGCACGCAGUGAUCGGGUAAUGCGGCACUAUUUGCGGCUAGAGAUACUGCCACCGUUGCGCGAUGUCAGCCAAAGGCCCGAGGUUGGCCAGGAACUGCGCAAUCAUCUGUGCCGUUUCCUCACCCUGCCAGCCAUGAUCCUGCGUGAUCUUUCCGCCGAAUUGUUGUUUGUGCUGUGCAAAGAGGAUGUCGGUCGAAUGAUCAAAUACACAGGCUAUGGCAAUGCAGCUGGUCUGUUUGCCAAGCGUGGCAUACUGGACUGCAGGCGUGUCGAGGGUGCUGAUUACUCAUCGGAUAGCGAAGAUAGCGACACCGAGGAAUACAAGCAGCAACAGCAGGGCAUUAAUCCCGUGCUGGGCUGUGUGGAGCCCAAGCUCAAGCACAAUCCUUUGGAUGACCUUUCUGAGGAGCAGAAGGAGUACGAGGCAUUGCAAUUAGUCAAUCUUAUUGAGCAACUGCGUCAAGGAGGUAUUGUUCAGCCUGCAUUAAUAGACAAGGAUGGUAAGCCGCAGCCAUUGGAGCAUAUAUUGCAGCUGCAGGAGGAACUGCCGCAGCAACAGCUCGAGCAAAAGCGUAAAACUUAAAGUGUCUCUUUCCUCACUAAGAAGUUAAUUUAAUUGGACAGAGAGAAAUUGGGAGAGAAUCAAAUGGGAUCUCCCAAUUCCAAGGACACGACCCAAAUGAAAUCCUCACAAAGUAGUGUCCCAAGGGUAUUUGAAAAUGUAAUUUAAAACAAACUAAUUAAAUUAUUUCUAAAAUAAUAAUAAUUUAAAUACAAAUAGACAAAUUUGACAUAACAUUUUUGUAAAAAAAA